AUGUUUUCAAGAGUAAUCUUCGUAGUCGGAGCAGCAUUGCUGUCUUGCACACCGACAGCUGCUCAAACCUACUCAACAUGUAACCCCCUCCAAUCAAGCAACUGCCCUCCAGAUACCGCCUUAGGCAAGGCAAUCAAUGUCGACUUCACCCAGGGCUCCGUCAAUUCCUUCACGGCCUCCGGCAAUCCUACCUAUGAUUCGAACGGCGUUUCCUUCACCGUAGCCCAGUCGGGCGAUGCCCCCCAACUUACGAGUCUGUUCUACAUCAUGUUUGGCAAGGUCGAGCUUACAAUGAAAGCGGCCCCUGGCGCAGGGAUUGUGAGCUCGCUCGUGUUGCAAUCGGACGACCUCGACGAGAUUGAUAUGGAAUGGCUGGGAGCAGACUCGACUGAGGUCCAGACGAAUUACUUCGGCAAGGGAGAAGUUACAACGUACAAUCGCGGACAGUUCAACCCGGCCCCCAACAACCAGGGCGAGUUUAUUACCUACACCAUCGAAUGGACCCAGUCGCAGAUUAUGUGGUCGGUUGGAAGCACGAUCGUGCGAGUCCUUACUCCAGAAACUGCGGAUGCGAACCAAUACCCACAGACGCCUAUGCAAGUCAAGUUCGGGGCAUGGUCUGGAGGGGAUCCUUCAAACCCCCCGGGGACGAUUGCCUGGGCCAGGGGACCUACCAACUAUGCUGAUGGUCCUUAUACCAUGAUUGUUCAGUCUCUCGCUGUAACCGACUACUCCACGGGCACACAGUACAAGUACGGAGACAAUUCGGGAGAAUGGCAAUCCAUCGAGGCCGUUGGAGGAAAGGUCAAUGGAAACUCGGGUGGAGCAGCGGCAUCCGUGGCCUCGGCCGACAUUCCAGCUGCAACCUCUGCCUCGCCUUCCAUCCCCGCGGGCCUAGGAGGAAAGCCUAAAGAUUCCACCAUCACCCAGACCGGCUGGCCGUGGGUCGCCACCGCAACCACACUCACCACGGCAGGCCCAGUAUACACGACGGCCCCCGGUGUACCAAGUGGCUGGGUGAUCUCCUCAAACGGAAAAGUAGUCCCUGCAGAUUCUGCAGCCGUAAACAAUUUCCCCAGCCCUCUCCUCCUUUGCAGCCCCCUGGCCAUCGCCCUCAUCACCGCCCUCGUCCGGAUCUGCUCUUGA